GCUGCGUGUCGCAGUAUGAUAUAGGUUGAGAAUAUGGUUGCAUCGCAUGUGAUGGUGGCAGCUUCACUUGCAGUUUCCUGCAGCUGUUCUCUUGCGUUGCCAUGGGUGAGCAUGCAAAGAUCAAUCCUGGACCUUUCAUUGAGAUCCUGAACAAUGUUUGUCCUGCACUCCUUGGUGCGUCCAAGGAUGAAAUUUCGAAGCAUUUUGCGAGCCUUGAAAUGAUGAACAAAGUGCGGCAUUUCAUCGGGGAUGAUCAAGACACUACAUUUUUUAUAGCUCGAGAAUUGAUAGACAAAGAUGAGGGAAAGAAAGAAAAUGAGGAGAAGGAUUCGAGGGAGCACAACAUAAUCACAGAAAACGAAGUGGGUUUUUGUCCACAGGCAUGUGCCGUGGCCAUUCUAAAGAGGAAUCCUUCAACAUUCCGUGCUGCCUAUGAAGGCACCUUGGACGAGGGGGCAGUGCAAGUAGCUGGGAACUUUGCUUCGCAUUUACAGUUCAUAACGCUGGGUGCUGAAUCGGAGUGGUCUCCCUUUGAACUGGUCCAUUUGUACUUGCAAAACAGUUUCGUUCCAUUGUUCACUGCUUUCGCAAAAAGAACGGAGGGUGCCAACAAGGCUGUUGGUGAAGAUGACCGUGAUGAGCAGAAGGUUGGUGUACCCAACGUUCAGCGCAAGAUCAUGGACCUCAGCAUGGCAUUGAUGCAGUGCCAGCACAACGUUGAAAUCGAAAAUAUUUCUUUGCCAAUUGAUCCACAGAUUGCAGAGGCCUUUGAAAAGGCCAAAGCUGAAGGUAGGACCCUGUCGCUGGAAGAUUUCAAAGAUCAGAUGAAUGAAUCCACAUUCCAGAACCAGCUCCAGAGUGGUGUGAACAAAUGGAGCAAGGAAAUUCAAAGAGUAGCCAAGAUGCAACGCGAAUCAUCCACUGGAAGCACCACACAGGAAAUCAACUUUUGGCUGGGAAUGGAGAAGGUCUUGAAUGAUGCGCAGCAGCAACUGCAGUCACCAGAGAUUCAGUUGACAUUGAACUUGUUGAAAGGAGCUCGGAGAUUCCUUGCGACAAUGUCUUUCGAAGCUGACACGGGCCUCAAACCUGCGAUCGAUAAAGUAUCAAACUAUUUGAAUUUGCUGCGGGACUUUCCCAUUAACGAGAUGCUCGUCGCAACCACAGUGGAGCAACUGACUCAGGCAGUGAGAACCAUUUUUAAUCACAUGAAAAGGAUUCGAAACGCAGUGCAAUAUCCUCUGUGGAGAGCUUUUCAUUUGGUGGAAGCAGUCAGCCGUGAUUUGUCAGAGCGACUUCUGAAGAUCAUGUCCACACAGAGGUUGAUGCAGCAAGAUGCAGACAUGUUUAGUCAGAAUAUGUCGCAAUGUGCGGAGCUGUUUCGUGUUUGGAAUGAAGAACUUGGACAGUUUCGUCAACUUGCGCGCGAACAACUCAAGAAACGCGGGAAUGAACGCCCUAUCGUGAAGAUCAAUUGUGAACAUGAACUGCUACAGAUUCGCAUUGAAGAACUGCAAAAAUUCCGAAGACAUCACAUGAAACUGCAGGAGAUUAUCGAGCGGGUACUGCUGGAUGGAAAGGAAACGGCUGCCAAAGCUGAAGUCACUGCUGCAUAUCAGUUGGUGGAGCAGGUGGAUGUUUUGGAUGUAAGUCGGCGAGGUCAACAGGAAUGGGAAAGCACUAAAAAGCGCUAUGACAAGUGUAUUGACCAUGCAGAGAGCGAAAUUACUGCCAGACUCCGUGACAAGUUGGGUGCAGCAAAAACUGCCACAGAAAUGUUUCGUGUUUUCAGCAGAUUCAAUGCUUUAUUUGUCCGUCCACGCAUCCGUGGAGCAAUUCAGGAGUAUCAAACAUCUUUGAUCCAGCAGGUAAAGGAUGAUGUCCACCGCUUGCAAGAAAAGUUCAAAGGGACUUAUGAAGGGACGCAGGCUUCCAAGCUGACUAGCAUCAGAGGAAUCCCACCAACUGCUGGCUUGAUCAUAUGGGCCAGGCAGCUAGAGCGACGCCUUGGAAUCUAUAUGGCUCGAGUGGAGGAUGUUCUUGGCAAAGGUUGGGAGAAACAUGUUGAAGGAAGUGCUCUGAAACAAGAAGGUGAUGCAUUUGCGAAGAAGAUGAAAACAACUCACAUUUUCGAAGAAUGGCUUGCAGAGACCAAAGACUCUCGAAAGUUCGAUGUGAGCAUGCGCAUCUUCGACAUUCAGCAGGGCUACCAGACUUACAUGCUUUUGGUGAAUUUUGAUGAGCAAAUUAUCACUCUCUUCAAAGAAGUCCGCAACUUGCAAUCUUUGGGUGACUGCCGGGUGCCCUAUGCAGUGAAGGUUAGCUCUGACGAAGCCAAGCAGAACUACCCCUUUGCAAUGACACUGCAAGAGGCAGCCAGAACUUACAUGCAAACUUGUGCGCAGAUCACUCCUGCUUUGGCGCCUUUGAUGGCCUCCUACCAGCAGGGUGUGCAAGACCUCAUUGCAGAUGGUCUCCAUCUCAAGUGGGAUGAUCAAAAGAUUGAGGGCUACACUCAAAAGCUCUCCGAAAGUGUGUUCCAAUUUCAGCAAAAGUUCACCCAGCUGGAGUCGAUGGCAGAGCAAAUGAAUCGUGCCAUUGAAAGCUUGGACACUUGCGAUCCCAAUGCCAAAGACGCCAACGUCGCGGAUUCCCUGGCAGCUCGCUUUGAAAAGAUGCAGAAGAUGAUUGAUGAUAUGAAUUUGGCAAGUUUUUCCAACAUGGAUGAUUGGGUUGACGGGCUCAACAAACAGAUUGAGCAGAGGCUUCUGAAGCUUCUGUCGGCGAUAAGUGCGCAAUGGCUUCACGAGUUCAAGAAGUGGCCACAAAACGGAAGUAGCUUAAUCCAGGAAGCUGCUGUCAGCGCAGCAGUUCUGGAACUGCACAUGCAGACUUCACAGUCUGGAAUUCGCUUGGUACUUGAGCCUCAGAAAGAGUUUGCCAUGACACAUUGGAUCAGACACUAUCAUGAUAGCCUGGGAAUGGUGUGCAAUCUGCCCAUGUUGCAAGUGGCCCGCUUCGACACCCUGAAGCGUGCAUCACGUACAGCUUCUCGGCAGCUCAUCGCGCAGGUGGAUCCAAAGAUUCUGCAAGAAGUCUAUGAUCAUGUCAGCAGCACUUGUGAGAACAUGCAGGAGUAUGUGUCAAGUUGGAUGCAGUACCAGUCCCUUUGGGAGAUCAGCACUAGUGCUGUUCAUGCACGCUUGGGUGAUGAUUUGUCAAGAUGGUACAGCAUGCUGACAGAGAUCAACUACUUUAGCAAUCGUUUUGAGGCAGCUGAUCAGGAUAUGUACUUCGGGCCAAUCGUUGUAGACUACAGCAAGGUCCAAUCCAAAGUGAAAGCAAAGUAUGACCAAUGGCACAGGGAAUUGUUGGGUGCUUUUGGUGAGAAGGUCAGCGAGACCAUGAACGAGUUCUUCCAUCAAGUGAACCAGGGGAGAGAGCGUUUGGAAGCUGUGGACAGCAGUGGAGACUUGACGGUGGUUUGCAUGGCGGUGUUGAAGGUCAAGACAAGCGCCGAAAAAUGGGAACAUCAGUUUGAAGAGCUGCAAAGAGCCCAAAAGCUCCUGGUAAAGCAGAGAUACCAAUUUCCAGAAGAUUGGAUGCACAUUGAGCAGAUUGAAGGUGAGUGGGAGUCAUUUGAGCAGAUCUUAGCCCGGAGGAACCGCAUCUUGGAACAUGAGCUGCCAAAGCUUCGCUCAGUUCUGGUUCAGAAGGACAAGCAGCUCGAAGAGAACAUCACUCAGCUCUAUGCUGAAUGGUCUAGUCAGAAGCCAGUGCAGGGAAGUUUGAAGCCCACGAAUGCAAUGCAAGUCAUCAAGGAUUUCGAUGAGCGUUUGCAGAUGCUGCGGGAACAGCACAGCCAGCUUGUUCAGCUCAAGAAGUCCUUGCAGAUGGAGGUUGGCGAUGUUGAGGCUCUUGCCCCAUUGCAAGACGAAAUGGGAAGUUUGAAGGAUGUGUGGGCGGAAAUCAACACCGUGCACAGCCGCGUUGAGACACUGAAAGAGACCCUGUGGACUGCAGUGGAGCCCAAACGCAUAAAGACUGCCCUGGAGGAUCUGCUGUCCAACAUGAAACAGAUGGAUCGGCGGCUGCAGCAGUAUGAGGCCUUUGACCAUAUCCAAGAGCAGUUGCAAAGCCACAUCAAACUGAACCAAGUUGUGGCUGAGUUGAAAACAGAUGCAUUGAAAGAGCGCCAUUGGAAACAAAUCGUCCAAAUGCUGAAAUUGGCAGUUGGUUUCAAUGAACUGACCCUUGGACACCUCUGGGAUGCCAACCUUGAGAAACACCAGCCUGCAAUCAAAGAAAUUCUGGGCAGAGCUCAGGGCGAAAUGGGCUUGGAACAGUUCCUGGCAGAGGUCCGAGAGAAGUGGAGCAACUACGAAUUGGAACUGGUGCCAUACAAAAGCAAGUGUCGUUUGAUUCGAUCUUGGGAUGACCUCUUUAACCAAUUGGAUGAGCACUUGCAAAGCAUCCAAUCUAUGAAGAUGUCUCCAUACUUCAAAUCAUUUGAAGAUGAAGGUUCAACUUGGGACGAUAGACUGAACAAGAUCAGAAUCGUAUUUGACCUUUGGAUGGAUGUUCAGCGGCGAUGGGUCUAUUUGGAAGGGAUCUUCGGAAGCAGUGCCGACAUUCAGCAGCUCUUGCCAAAUGAGUUUGCCAGAUUCAAGACGAUAGACUCUGAGUUUGUAGGUCUCAUGAAGAAGGUGGCUGCAAAACCCAAAGUGCUGGAUGCUGUGGCCAUUGAAGGUGUUCAGAAACAGUUGGACAGAUUGUCCGAUAUGCUGACAGCGGUUCAGAAGGCUUUGGGUGACUACCUUGAAAAGCAACGCUCCCAGUUUGCUCGCUUCUACUUUGUUGGCGAUGAGGACCUGCUGGAGAUGAUCGGCAAUUCAAAGGAUGUGGCUGCUGUCAGUCGUCAUCUUGCAAAGAUGUUUGCUGGUUUGUCACAGCUUUCCACUGAUCCAAGCAGCCCUGAGCUUGUCAAGGCCAUGCAAUCACGUGAGGGUGAGACUGUGGACUUCAUCAAGUCUGUCAACAUCAACGAAGAUCCUUCCAUUAAUGGCUGGCUUUCAAAAACAGAGUCAUCCAUGCAGGCAUCUCUUGGCGAGCACCUGAACUCGUCCAUGAAUGAGCUCGGCACACUUUUCACUGCUGACGGCAAGAUCAGUGAGGAGGAAACCAUGGUGUGGGUCUCAAAGUUCCCAUGCCAGGUGUUGUUGAUGGCAAUAUUGGCAGACUGGUGUGCAAAAGUGGAAGGGGCACUCAGCUCUGGCACAAGCGAUAUGCAGGUUGUCUUGGAACGAACUGUGGAGCAGCUGUCUUUUAUGGCCGGAAAGGUCAUCACCAAUGUGAGCAAUGCCGUUCGUCAGAAACUUGCCCAGAUGAUCACUGAAGUCGUUCAUCAGCGAGACGUGUCUCGGCAAUUGAUCUCAGACAAAGUCUGUUCCCCAAAGGACUUCCAAUGGCUCCAGCUGAUGCGAAUGUAUUGGAACCCCAGCGAGCCCCAGAUCCUGCAGCGCUUGUCCAUUUGCAUGGCUGAUGCGGUCUUCUUCUAUGGUUUUGAAUACCUGGGGAUUGCCGACAAGUUAGUGCAAACUCCAUUGACAGACAGAUGCUUCCUCACUUUGACCCAGGCACUUCAUAUGAGACUGGGUGCCAAUCCGUUUGGCCCUGCUGGGACAGGAAAGACGGAGUCAGUGAAAGCAUUGGGAAAUACAAUGGGGCGCUUUGUCCUUGUCUUCUGCUGUGAUGAAGGGUUUGACUUUCAGGCAAUGGGACGGAUCUUUGUUGGCUUGUGCCAGGUAGGUGCGUGGGGCUGCUUUGAUGAGUUCAAUCGCUUGGAGGAACGCAUCCUUUCCGCGGUUUCUGAGCAAGUCCUGACGAUCCAGACAGGCAACAAGCAGAACAAGAAAGAGAUUGAGAUCCUGGGAAAGCAAGUUCGCUUGAAUUCCAAUGUGGGAAUCUUCGUCACCAUGAACCCAGGUUAUGCUGGUCGAUCCAAUCUUCCAGACAAUCUCAAGCAGCUUUUCCGGGCCAUGGCCAUGACAACACCAAACAAGACUUUGAUCGCCCAAGUGAAUCUCUACAAUCAGGGCUUCAUUUCCGCAGAACGCCUUGCCAGCAAAGCAGUCCUUGCAUGUGCUGGAUCCAUGAAGCGAGAGGAGGUGACGAACAUUGGAGCAGAGAAGUUCGGGCAGCUCUCUGAGGAUGAAGUGGCACAAAACGAGCAGAAGAUUUUGCUCCGCGCGAUUUUCGACACUUUGGUGCCAAAGCUGGUGGCACAGGACAAGCCUUUGAUGCAAAGUCUCAUCUCUGGCGUUUUCCCGGGUGCUGAUGUGGGCAUCGUCGACAAUCAGAUCCUGCAGGACGAGCUUCGGCGGCUGUGCAAGCUGCGACACCUCGAGUGCACUGAGAAUUUCAUGUUGAAAUGUAUGGAACUCUAUCAGAUCCAGCGCAUUACACACGGGGUGAUGUUGGUGGGCACCGUAGGCACAGGAAAGUCAACAGUUUGGCGAACUCUGCUUGAUGCAAUGGAGAAGUUGGACAACGUCAAGGGAGACGCAUAUGUUGUGGAUCCCAAAGCUGUGUCAAAGGAGGAACUCUAUGGGAAGCUGGAUCCGACAACCCUGGAAUGGACAGAUGGAGUGUUCACGGACAUUUUGCGUCGAAUCCUGUCUGGUCACAGAGGUGAGAAUCAGCGUCGCCAGUGGAUCAUGCUCGAUGGAGAUGUAGAUCCGGAAUGGGCUGAAAACCUCAACUCGGUGUUGGAUGACAACAAGCUUCUGACCCUUCCAAAUGGUGAGCGCCUUGCAAUUCCACCGAAUGUGCGAAUCAUGUUUGAGGUCGACACGCUAAAGUACGCUACUUUGGCAACAGUCAGUCGUUGUGGCAUGGUUUGGUUUGCAAAUGACGUGGUGACCGAGGAAAUGAUUUGCAUGAAUGAACUGAAGGCCAUCAAGUAUGGAAAUCUGGAGAAGAAUGAGCUGAACAAUGAGGGUGAGCAAAGCCUGUCGAAGGAGCAGGCAACCAAGGUGAAGUGCAUAGAGGCGCUGGAAUCUUGCUUCCAUCCUGGCGGUCUUGUUCUUUCAGCCUUGAAGCUCGCUUAUGAGAUGGAACACAUCAUGACUUUCACAAUGAUGCGGGCAUUGACUGGCCUUUUCUCUAUGGUUCGCAAGGGAAUCAACAUGGUCUUGGAAUACGAUGAAACGCAUGAAGAGUUUCCGUUGGAUGACAAUGUUCUGCGGUCCUUCAUGCAGAAGUAUUUGGUGUUUGCUAUUUGCUGGUCAUUUGGUGGGGAUAUGUUCCUGAACAAUCGCAUGAAGUUUUGCGAGAUGCUUGCUGGACAUCUGGGGGACGUUCCAGCUCCUGACGGACUUGGAGGAGAUACCACGCUGCUGGACUUUGAGGUCCGUGUGGAAGAUGGGCAGUGGUAUCACUGGGACAAGCGUGUUCCCACCCUGGAUGUUGAGCCUGAAAAAGUCGCUGAUUCCAGUCUGAUCAUCUCCACUGUGGAUACAGUGCGACAUGUGGCAGCCCUGUCAUCCUGGCUGGAGGAGAGAAAGCCAUUUGUUUUGAGUGGGCCCCCAGGCAGUGGCAAGACAAUGACCUUGAUGUCCACGAUGAAAUCGAUGUCGCAAGAUGGCAGUCUGGAGUUGGCUUCACUGAAUUUCUCUGCAGGAACUUCUCCUGAACUUUUGCUGAAAACAUUUGAUCUGUACUGUGAGACGGUGAAAACGCCUAGUGGCUUGGUGAUGCGCCCAUUGCAGCUGAACCGUUGGGUGGUAGUUUUCUGUGAUGAAUGCAAUUUGCCUGCAGAGGACAAGUAUGGCACACAAAAGGUGAUCAUGUUCAUUCGCCAAAUCACUGAGCAUGGCGGCUUCUACCGGCCCAGUGACAAGCAAUGGGUCUCUGUGGAGCGGGUCCAGUUUCUCGGCGCCUGCAACCCGCCCACUGACCCAGGUCGUCAUCCAAUGUCGGAUCGAUUCUUGAGACAUGCUCCGGUGAUUUGGGUUGAUUAUCCCGGUCCAGACUCCCUGCGACAAAUCUACGGCACUUUCAAUCGAGCCAUCUUGAAGCUGCAACCUCAACUGGAUCGCAGUUGUGCAGAUGCAAUGACCAACACCAUGGUUCAAUUCUGGCGCGAUAGCGCUGGCAGGUUCACAUCAGAUCAGCAGCCUCACUACUUGUACUCACCUCGUGAGUUGACACGCUGGAAAACUGCUUUAUAUGAAUGUGUCAAAGGUUGGGAUGGCAUGACACAAGCCAAUCUGAUUCGGCUCCUUGUCCACGAGGGACUGCGAAUCUUCGUUGAUCGACUGGUCUUUGAGGAGGAACGGCAAUGGAGUGAAGAGCUGUUAGAUGAGGUUGUGCAGCGAGAGUUUGGAUGCGGCGCAGAUGUGCUGCAAAGGCCAAUUCUUUUCAGCUGCUACUUGGAUGAGCAGCAUCGCUAUCGAGAUGAGACCCGGGAAGCUCUCCGGGACUUUGUGAAGAAACAGCUGAAUGUAUUCUAUGAAGAAGAGCUAGAUGUAAGGCUGGUGAUUUUUGACUCCGUCCUGGAUCACAUUGUUCGCAUGGACAGGGUCUUACGGCAACCUUUGGGGCACCUUCUGCUGGUGGGUGCUUCUGGCGCUGGGAAGACAGUUUUGUCCAAAUUUGUGUCAUGGCUAAAUGGCCUCAGCGUGUACACACUGAAGAUUGGCCGCAACUAUGAUGUCCUUGCAUUUGAGGCGGAUGUUCGUGUGGUCAUGAAGCGUGCGGGUGUGAAGGGUGAGAAGAUUACCUUCAUUUUUGACGAGUCCAAUGCCCUGGGCCCAGCUUUCAUUGAGCGAAUGAAUGCGUUGCUCGCUUCAGGGGAAGUCCCUGGACUCUUCGAAGGAGAUGAGUACACUGCUUUGAUCCAUGAAUGCCGGGGAGCCAACAUCACCGGGGUAGACGAUGCUGAGAUCUUCGCCAGGUUCACCAAGAGGGUCCAGAGAAAUUUGCACAUUGUCUUCACCAUGAAUCCUGCCAAUCCAGACUUCUACAACCGUUCCAACUCUAGUCCAGCACUUUUCAAUCGUUGUGUGAUUGACUGGUUCGGCGAUUGGCCACAAGAAGCCUUGCUUCAAGUUGCAGCGGACUUUACUGCAAGCAUGCAAAUUGGCGAUGACACCUUCACAGGCGACACAGCAGGGCCAGGAGAAGAGAAGGACGCUUUGCGGCAUGAGAAGCUGUCAGAGACCAUUGUGGCCUUCCACCAGCAAGUUGAUCAAACCAAUGCAGAUUUGAAGAAAAGUGCGCAGCGGUACAAUUUCAUCACUCCGAGGGAUUUCCUGGACUUUAUCAACCAUUUCAUUCGGUUAUUUGAUGAGAAAAGAGAUGAGGUUCUGGACCAGCAGAGCCACAUUGAUGGAGGGUUGAAAAAGCUGAAGGAAACUGAGGAUCAAGUGGCGAACCUGCAGUCCGGCCUUGCAGAGAAGGAAAAGAUUCUCACCGCCAAGAACAAAGAGGCAGAGGAAAUGAUGUCCCAGAUGGUGAAAGGACAAGGUGAAGCUGAAGAACGGAAACAAGCAAGUCAAAAACUCCAAGGCGAACUUGCUGAGCAGUCCAAAGUCAUCGAUGAAAGAAGAGGCGUCAUUCAGAAGAAGAUUGAGGAGGUGGAGCCUGCAUUGGAAGCUGCAAAAAGCGCAGUGGGAGCAGUGAACAAGCAGGCCCUGGAUGAACUACGAUCUAUGAACAAACCCCCAGAGCAUGUGAAGAUGGCAAUGGAGGCUGUGAUCCUCAUGGUUCGCUCAGACAUUGCUCCAGCCAACAUCAACUGGGAGGUUGUCCGAAAAGUCAUGCGAGAUGCCAAUUUUAUCCCCAGCAUUCUUGAGUAUGAUGCCGAACAGCUGAAAGACAGCACCCGUGAAACCUUGAAGAAGAAGUACCUCAAAAACACAGCGUGGGAUGUCUCCAGAAUCAAGCAAGCAUCAAAAUGUGCCGGUCCUGUGGCUCAAUGGGUUGAAAGUCAGCUUCAGUUUGCAGAUUUGUUGAACAUGAUGGAGCCAAUGAGGAAUGAGUUGCAGCAAAUGCAGGAGCAGGCCGACAAGAACAAGGUCGAACUGGCAGCAUGCGAAAAGGUCUUGGGUGAGAUGGAAAGCAAGAUCCAGCAGUAUAAAGAGCAGUAUGCUCAGCUGAUCACUUCCGUCAACCAGAUCAAACAUCAGAUGCAGCAGGUUCAGGAGAACUGCACCCGCUCCACACAGCUACUGACGGACCUAUCUUCUGAGAAAGUUCGAUGGCAAGGAUCCUCCAAGGGGUUCCAAGAGCAGACGGCAAGCAUGAUUGGAGAUGUGUUGAUUUGUGGUGCUUUUUGCACUUACAUUGGUUUCUUUGACCUGUUCAUGCGACAGAGGGUGGUGGCUCUCUGGCGUGAGAGGCUGGAUGACGCUGAAAUCAAGCAGAAAGAGGACCUCGCUGUGAUUGAAUACCUGUCCAAGCCAUCAGAACGGCUGCAAUGGAAACAAAACGCCCUGCCGGAUGAUGACCUUUGCUACGAGAAUGCCAUUAUCAUGCGGCGCUUUCUGCGUUACCCUUUGAUCAUUGACCCAUCUGGGCAGGCCAUCACCUUCCUGACCAACGAAUUCAAGGAGAAGAAGCUUCUGAAGACUUCAUUUGUUGAAAACAGUUUCAUGAAGAGCUUGGAGACUGCUCUACGUUUCGGAGCACCCUUGAUCGUCAUGGAUGUGGACAAGGUGGACCCCAUUUUGAACAAUGUUCUCAACAGAGAGACUCACAAAAGUGGUCCUCGCGUUUUGAUAACCCUGGGUGAUCAAGACAUUGAUUUCAGUCCAGCCUUCGAAAUGUACAUGUGCACUCGGGAUUCGACAGCUCAAUUCACCCCAGACUUGUGCAGCAGAGUGACCUUUGUGAACUUCACUGUGACACCUUCAUCUUUGCAGAGCCAGUGCAUGAAUGCCUUAUUGAAGUCUGAAAGGCCAGAUGUGGACAGGAAGAGGGAGGAUCAGUUGAAGUUGCAAGGAGAGUGCAAGGUCAAGAUGCGAGAACUGGAAGAGCAGCUUCUCCAUGCUCUUUCCAAUGUCGAAGGAUCGAUCUUGGAGGAUGUGAAGGUGAUAGCUACGCUGGAGAAGAUCAAAAAGGAGUCUUCAGAGAUUCAGGAGAAGCUGGGCCAGACUGACGCCAUCAUGCAGGAAAUCAAUGAGACCAGUGCACUUUACGACACCGCAGGCGAGGUAGCUGCAAACUUGUACUUCAUGUUGCAGAAGAUGGGUGCCAUGCACACUCUCUACCGCUAUAGUUUGGCUUUUUUCUUGGAAGUCUUUGAGGCAUCAAUCAAAACAGAACUGGCAAAAGAUUUGAGCUACGAGAAGCGUUUAGAGGCCAUUCUCGAGAAACUUUUCGGCAAUUUGUUCCUUCGUGUGGGACCUGGGCUUCAAGAAGCAGAUGUCUUGGUCUUUGGUUUGCAGUUGGCUCAGGUCAAGGCUGAAAGCGGAGCUUCCACAUUUCCAAAGCCGGAAAUGGAUCUUCUGCUGAAAGGUGCUGCGGUGGAUGUCAUGAAGUCAGCAGCCGCGCCACUUGCGGAGCAAUGCCGCGAGGUGUUGAAGUCCAAGCUGAACAGCCAGCAGCUUCGAGCCCUUCAGGAUUUGCACUUGCUGCCAUGUUUCAGUGGUUUGGUUGGAAACAUCCAGGCUAAGGAAUCUGAGUGGCUGCAGUUCAUGGAGCACCUGGAGGCAGAACUUGCCAUCCCCACUGGCUGGGAGAAGCCAGGUGAAGGGUCAGGCGAAGUAGCAAGCCUCAUUCAAAAGACUUUGAUCCUCAAGGCCCUGCGUCCAGAUCGACUCGUUUUUAUUUCUACCGCACUGGUUGAAAGUGUGCUUGGAAAGGGUUUCUUGGACCUGCCUGCCUUCAACUUGGCUGAGAUCAUAGCGAAGGACAGCAAAGCAUCUUCCCCGAUCAUGAUGGUCUCCGUGCCCGGCUUUGACCCCAGUGGAAAAGUCACCGAGCUGGCACAGGUGCAGAAGAAAUCAUUGCAGUCAGCGGCCAUGGGUUCUGAAGAAGGCUUCAAUGUGGCUGAUAAGGCCAUCAAGGCUGCAUCCAAUGCAGGCACUUGGGUGCUUCUGAAGAAUGUUCACUUGGCCAUCAACUGGCUCUCGGAAUUGGAGAAGAAAUUGUAUGGCAUGAACCCGCAGCAAAAUUUCCGACUUUUCCUCACCAUGGAGUUUAAUCCUAGGAUUCCUCCAAACCUGAUUCGCUUGUCGAGGGUUUACGUCUUUGAACCACCAUCUGGAGUGCGGGCAUCUUUGCGCAGAUCUUUUGCACAAGUGCUCCCAGCAGACCGUACCGAUCGGCAACCUGUGGAACGCUGUAGGCUUCACUUCUUGCUGGCAUUCCUACAUGCGAUAGUGCUAGAGCGACUACGCUUCUUCCCAGUCGGUUGGAGCAAGAAGUAUGAGUUCAGUGAUGCGGACCAAAUGUGCGGCAGGGACAUCAUUGAUUCCUGGCUGGACAGCGUGUCUAGUCAUGGUCAGCUUUCCAAUGUCAGCCCGGACAAGAUCCCCUGGGACGCCCUUCGCUCCAUUCUGAGUGAGUCAAUUUAUGGAGGGCGCGUUGACAAUGAAUUUGAUCAUGCGGUUCUCAAGGCCUUCAUCAAUCAUUUGUUCCGAGCAGAAUCCUUUGAAAGAGAUUUCCCAUUGAACAUGGAAUCUUCUGCAGAGCACUCCUUGCGCUCACCAGAUGGCCGCAAGCGAGAGCAGUUCCUGGAGUGGAUUGACAACUUGCCAGCAAAGGGUAGCCCUACUUGGGUUGGGCUGCCAGUCCAUGCAGAACAAAUGCUGCGCAUCAACCGUGCCAAUCACACGCUCCAGCGUUGGCUGCUUCUUCAGGGCAACACGGGAACAUUAAAAGCAGAAAAGAAGAAAGAAGGAGAAAAAAGGAGAGCAAGUGCCCUCAUCAAUCCUUUGGCAGAUUUGGGAGCAAAGGUCCAUGAGAUGCUUGAAAAUCUGCCUGAUUCUCUGGAGCAGCUGCAGCGAUCUGAAGCAUCUCUUCGAGAUCCUCUGUGGCGUUGCUAUGACAGAGAGGCUGGCUUUGGCAAGUCGCUCCUGAAGAAGGUCCGACAAGACUUGUCCCUUCUAUCGGCAGCCUGCGAAGGCACAGCCAAGAGCACAAAUGAAGUUCGUCAACUCAUUCAAGACCUAACAACCGAUCAGGUGCCCAAGGCAUGGCAACGAUUUGCAAUGGCUAAGGUAACUGCCACCCAAUAUUUGGGUGACCUCGUCAAGAGGUUGGAACAGCUGCGAACUGUCGUUUCCUGCAGCUCUUUGCAAAAGCACCGACUUUGGUAUGGCGGCCUUUUCUUUCCUGAGGCUUUUCUCACAGCUUCACGACAGGCAGUAGCACAAGAGAAGAAAGUUUCUCUGGAGGAGCUGAAUCUACUGGUGCAGAUUGGUGGGGAUGCACCUCCUCAUGAUGAUGCUUUCGAGAUGACGGGAUUACACUUGGAAGGUGCUGCCUGGGCCAAUGGACAGUUGGUAGUGACCGACGAACUGUCGGUUGCACUGCCCCUACUUUGGCUGCGCUGGGUUCACAUCGACUCGCCAGAGUUCAAGCAGACUGCAGACUACUUGAGAGUGCCUGUGUACCUGAACACCAGUAGAAGCUUGUUGAUCACGGCCUUUUCGCUCAAGACGCCCAAAGAUAUUCCAAAUGCAGUGUGGGUGCAAAGAAGUGUUGCAGUGACAAUAUGGACGAAACAGUGAGCCAAAUUGAGCCUGGGACCUCAACCAAUACUUUCGCAGUUCAUGGGUUGAAAAGUGCAAGCCACAGUCACAGAGGGUGAGAGAGACGGAGAGUUGUCCAGUUUCUGCAGCAUUUUUUGCACCUCUCCAUGUUUGCAACAUGGUCAGUUACUGGAAUGAUUUGCUUGCAUGGUCGGGUUUCGCUGUGUCAGUUUUCCAGGCAGGACCGGAAAGUACUGUACCUGUGUUUUUGCCACACACUGCUCAUCUGACGCUCAUCGGCUGCAGCUGUUUUGGAUAUUCGAUGGUUGGUGACGCCAUGGAUGCCAAUAUUGCGUUGGGAGCUGCUGUGGCAGCUGGUGGUGUGGCAGGGUUCGCAUCCAAAGGCAGUGUCCCAUCCCUUGUUGCUGGCGGCAUUAGUGGCCUUGGCUUGAUAGCUUGCGGACGUACCUCUAACUUCAAAGCAGCUGCAGUAAUAUCAGCAAUUUUGACGCUGAUCAUGAGCAUCAGAUUUGCCAAAACAAAGAAAGUCAUGCCCGCGGGCAUGGUGGCAAUCCUGAGCUCCGGUGGACUCAUCUUCAACUUGCUGAAAAUCAGGCAGUAGAAUCAGUAGAACUUGAACGGGGCAAAAAAUGGUUUGGCAAAGCGGUGCAAGAAAAGCACCCAUUGCACACAGAUCUCACUAUAUGCGCAGAUGAAAAAGGGUCCUUGACCUUCUUGUUGGCGUGCAAUGCGAG